GCUAGGUCUGGGGAAUUUCGGAGAAGAGGUUGGGCGUGUUAGGCGGUGGUUUCCAGUCAAGAGGCGGUUACUGGAUGGGGUGGGAGAAGAGUGACGGCGGAUUAGAAGAGCCGAGGCAGGGAACGAAGUGCUUCUGAUGUAGCAUCCAGGACAUCACAGGAGAUGAAAAUGGUGGCUAGGUGCAACGAUUGCUGAGCAUUGUUGCCUACCACUACAGAGUUUACCUACCUCGGAUAACACUAGCUCAGAUUGGUAGCUGUCAAGGGGCUUACGGCAUCUCUUCUCUGAAAAACUUCAGAAAGAACACUGGUGGCUUGAUGUCUCAGUUUCAGACCUCGUGGGAAUUGUACCAGCAGACUGUACCAAAUGAUCUGGAUGUUGAAAUGGAGCCCAUGGCACCUUGCCCAGCCUUUCCUGAUCCAGCCAACGACUUUGAUAGGAACAUUCCACGUAUCUGUGGUGUUUGUGGAGACAAAGCUACUGGCUUUCAUUUUAACGCAAUGACCUGUGAAGGCUGCAAAGGAUUUUUUAGGAGGAGCAUGAAAAGGAAGGCGACGUUCACGUGUCCAUUCAAUGGCGACUGUAAAAUCACCAAGGAUAACCGACGACACUGUCAAUCCUGCCGGCUGAAGCGCUGUGUUGACAUAGGCAUGAUGAAAGAGUUUAUUUUAACAGAUGAAGAGGUUCAGAGGAAAAGAGAGAUGAUAACGAAGAGGAAGGAAGAAGAAGCCCUUAAAGAGAGCUUAAAGCCCAAAUUGUUGGAGGAGCAACAGCGAGUCAUUGAUACUCUCCUGGAAGCCCACCGCAAAACCUAUGAUCCCACUUACUCUGAUUUCAAUCAGUUCCGGCCUCCUAUAAGGGAUGGUUCAGGCACAAGAAGUACAAGUAGAUCUUCUUCUGUCCAAGGUUUCUCUUCCUCAGAAGACUCUUCAGAUCCUUUCAGCUCUUCCCCAGAGUCAAAGAAGUUCUCAAAUCUAGAACUGAGCGAUGACAGCGAUGAAAGUGCAGCCAUGUCCAUAGACUUCUCACACCUCACCAUGCUGCCUCACCUGGCUGAUCUUGUUAGCUACAGCAUCCAGAAAGUGAUUGGAUUUGCAAAAAUGAUUCCAGGGUUCAAAAAUCUUACAGCAGAGGACCAGAUUGCUCUACUGAAAUCCAGUGCCAUUGAAGUAAUUAUGCUCCGUUCAAAUCAGUCAUUUUCACUGGAGGAUAUGUCUUGGACCUGUGGCAGCAAUGACUUCAAAUACAAAAUCAGUGAUGUCACUCAAGCUGGACAUAAUCUGGACUUGCUUGAGCCCCUUGUUAAAUUUCAGAUCAGCCUGAAGAAACUAAACCUGCAUGAGGAGGAGCAUGUGCUCUUGAUGGCCAUCUGCAUCCUUUCUCCUGACCGUCCUGCUGUUCAGGACACUCGUCUGGUGGAGUCCAUCCAAGAUCAUCUUUCAGGAAUCCUGCAGACAUACAUUCUCUGCCGACACCCCCCUCCGGGUAACCGCCUGCUCUAUCCCAAGAUGAUCCAGAAGCUUGCAGACCUCAGGAGCCUGAACGAGGAGCAUUCCAAACAAUAUCGCUGCCUCUCCUUUCUGCCUGAGCACAGCAUGCAGCUCACUCCGCUGGUCCUUGAAGUCUUUGGCAAUGAGAUCUCCUGACUUGGUGGUGGUGAAAUACAAUGAAAGAAAGAGAGGAGUCAGCCCAGCUUUCCAUUGGUGGCAAACUGAGAGCUUUGGCCCAAGUGACAUUUUGUAUAUUCUGUCAGCAAGAGUUUUUGAUUUUCCCCACACACACUACCAGAAGGGACUGCAUUGUUCAUAUAGGGAGAGUGUUCUUGCACUCGGGUCCUGCUUGCGGGCUUCCCCCAGGCACCUGGUAGGCCACUGUGAGAACAGGAUGCUGGACUAGAUGGGCCACUGGCCUGAUCCAGCAGGCUCUUCUUAUGUUCUUAAUCUUCAGUCUCAUAUUUUGCAUUGCUGCUGAGCAGCAACUCCCAAGCUAGCCCCUUCUCUCCUGUCGAUUGAAACUAAAGAGCUUUAUUGCUGGCUGCUUUGCCAUGAUGAAAUUUGCUGAUUGCUUUCUUCAGUGUGGAGCUUUUCGAGCCAGAAACUUAAACUUCUGUGCUGUGUCUUAAGGAAGGCGAAUGGUUGAGCUUGAGAGGGACUGGACAUUGGAUAUUCUUACCUUAACAUGUUAAGAGUUUUCAGUCCAGAAUAACUAUAACAUGCAGGGAUGACUCAUGGUUCUUUUAUGUAUAAAAUAUACACUCCACACCCCCAUUAUUUUCUGCCAAACUGCAAGGCUCUUCAGCACUAUAAAAGUAUUUAUUACCCUAAGAAUGAGUAGGAAAGACAUAUUUACAGGAAUAACUAACCUGUGCCAUCUUUCUGACUUUUUAUAAAAAAUAAAUUUGUUCAGUGUAUGUAAACAUACCUAGCACACUGUUGUCACUAAAUAAAUUUGUAAUAGGAGGGAAAGGAUGUUUGGGCUAACUAUACACACCUCGGUAGAGACAUUGGUGGAGGUUGAAUCCUUAAUAGCCAAGCCCCUGCAGGGAGUUCAGCAUUGUUUCACGAGAAAUGAACCCACUAAUAACUCAUGCCCUGUUUGCAACUUUUGUCCUUGUACAGUUUCAAAUGCUACCAGGUGCCAACAGGAGAUAUCACACAACCCAGUGGUAUGGAGCAGGCUUUCAAUCCAUCCCAAAGGCUUGAGCUUGUUCAGGAUAAUGUUUUUGUAGCCAGUUUAUAUAGAGUGACAUGAAGAGACUUAUUGAUCAGGUUAAACCACAUGCAAAGUGGCACCUAAAUAUUCCAGCCAACGUAUAGAGAAGUAUUAUGCAGAAACAAUUUCCAGAUGUCUCCGCAUUGAGCCGUAAUGUUUGAGUCAGUCCUUAAUCACACUCGGGGAGGCUGAAAUUAAAUUAUUUAUGACACUCAUAAGAUGUUUGCUGUUUGAUAACCUCUUGGCUAUGUGACCUCUGGAAAAAUAAUGUUUGUGAGCUGUGUACUGACAAGGGAAGAAAUUCAUAAUAUUAAAAUAUAAUGCGUUUGCAGAGAACCUCUUUGGGAUAUGUAGCUGCUGUUUAAUCUCAAAGAAUCUGAAAAAGACUAUUAAACUUCUGUUUGAUGUACAUGUUUGCAAGUAUUUGGAAGACACAUAAUUGUUAAUCAUGUAAAACAGAAAGGUAAAGUUAAUUAUCAACAGUAGAUAGAGCAAAGGUGAAUGCAAAUGGCAACUUCAGGUAGAUAGCAGCCUAUUCAUAAACUGUCUAUGCUAUUCACUUCAAACACAUGGUGUGCAUUCACCAGAAUGCUGUUGCAUUCGUUUUUAUGACUGCAAUAGCUGCAAUUUGUGCACUGUGUACAGCUACAGAUUAUCACCCAAAAUAUCUGGUGAGAUGACAUAAAUUAAAUUCCAUGGAUACAUGGGAUGAAACAAGGUAGGGAUGGAAGCUUCUUUUUGGAUUAAACUCCCCCUCUUGGUCGCUAGGUGUCAGUACAGUAAUGCAAUAGAAAGUAAUUCUUGUGUAAAGUGCCUUGAGUGUGCUCCAGAGCAAUGAAUCUGUUUUCCCCAAAGUUGUGAGUAGAUUGUUUUACUCUGAAAUUAGUCUAUAUUACUAGGAUUGGUAGGAUUCAUCAAAGUCUUAACUUCUUUUUGUGCUUGUUUUGAGAGUUGGUACAAAGGCAGCCCACCCACAUGGAGUAAGUCACUGCGGUGUACGAGAGCACAUGCAUUCUGAAGGUUCCCCUCCUCUCCCAGCAGUACAAUUAUUUCCCUAUACACAAUGCUGUUAAGGACCAAGCCUUUGCAGCCUGACAGUGUGGAGGAAAAGACAGCACCUAUUUACUGCAUGUCUCUUUCAUAAUACAUCUUGCAGUGUAGGCCUUCAUAUCUCCUUUUCAAAGCUCAGCCACUUGAGCUGCAGGAGCAAAUAUUAGCUGCUUUGUUCAGCUACUUCAGCAAGACUUAUCCAACAUUUUAAAUAACAUGAAACUUUUUUUUAGGAUGCUGUAGUGGCAUUAGCAAUACGACUGAGCAUCUAACUAUUUAGCCAUUUUACAUGGUGGAUGAGUUUACAGUGUUUCUGCCUCAUGCUUGUGCCAUGAACACCCUAAGAUCUGAGAAAGGGAGAUGCACAUCUACAGACACAUAGUUGCCAUGCACAAGGGAGCUGUGGCAAAUUGCAGUUCCCUGGCAAGGGCUCCAGAUCUGAAAUAUGCCCAACUGCUUUUCUAGGAGGACAUUAUUAUGCUUGCCACGGUGGAUGCACAUUGGGAAACCUAUCGGCCACAUUAAAUGUGAAGCAGUUGUGCUAAGUUAGAGCAUAACAUACCAAUUGUCUGUAAGGUUUUCUUUGAUAGCUUUGAUGUUAGGCUUUUUUGUGAGAGGGACACUAGCAGUUCCUUGCCAUUCUUUUUGUGGUUAAGAGGUGGGGAAAGGGGCUUACUUGAAACAAAAAGGCAUGAUGUUUGUAGGGCUCAGUCAUGGGUAUGAGAUUGGCAUCCUCUGUGCCCCAUCUCAGGAAAUAACCCUCAAGCCUAAAGGGAUGGAUCAUUGUGAUCUAGUUGAUAAAUCAAUUGCUACAUAAUGCUGUUCUAUCAAUGUGGAGGAGCGAGGAAUGAAACUAGCCAUGCUCCCAACCCUGUUUGCUUGUUAGUGUUAUUUUAAAAUAAUGUUCCCAGCAAACUUUUGGUUAUCUGCCUUAAGUCAUGAGGAUAGGACUGACUGUAGAUCUAAAUAAAUGAGUUGUUAUUGUAGUCAUUAAGAGAAUAAACCAGGCUGCUGUACUUUUCCCAGUUAGUUUGGGUGAGUGGUUUUGAUACCCAUCCCCUACAUUAAAUCCAUCAGUGAUCCCUAUGCUGAACAAUUUGCACCAGAUUUUGUGGCAUAAUUGAAUGUGUAAAUAGCUAUUUAAUAUAGGUUUAAAAUGUUCUAGUGUAAAAUGUAAAUUUUAUUUUAGACAUUUUAAUGAUAUUUGAAUCAUGGCUGCUCUUUUUCACAGAUUCUGGGAUUAAUUUUUUUCCAACUCUGCAUGUGAAAGCCAACCCUGUACAAUGAGAGGAGUAGCUUCUUUCCAAAUGUGAAACACAAAUCAUCUCUUGUUUUUUGCCUUGUGUAAUUUAAAUCGCCAUGCAAUGCACUUUAUAAAAAUCAGUAGAAUUAUUUAAAGAGACAAAUCUAUAUUUUAAUUAUAGUGGUGGUUAUGAUGAUGAUAAUGAAGACUUAGAGGCGAAUGCUAUCUUUUUAUUCCUCUGUACAUCUCUGGGCUUUUUUCUAAUGGAUAAAGAGAAGAUCCAAUAUUAAAAAAAACUUUUCCAGAGUUUUAUUGACAUGACAAAGAAUGAUUGAAUACUGUUUUCGUAGUUGUAAGUGUAAUAUGCUGUUACCUUAAUAAAAGUGU